CAUGCGCAGACCGGUGGAUUUGUUAGCCUAGCCCAGCGCUAACCGCGUAGUGAAACAUCCCGUACUUUAUCCGUCUGUAAACACUAAACUGUUCACUGUUGGUCUGUUCUGUCGAGGGGAAUUUACAUCGACCAAGGCGUGAAAGAGAAUGCCCAAAAAUAAAGGUAAAGGAGGAAAGAAUCGGCGACGUGGAAAGAACGAGAAUGAGUCUGAGAAGAGAGAGCUCGUGUUCAAAGAGGACGGACAGGAGUACGCUCAGGUGAUUAAAAUGUUGGGGAACGGGCGUCUGGAGGCGAUGUGUUUCGACGGCACCAAACGACUCUGCCACAUCAGAGGAAAGCUCCGGAAAAAGGUCUGGAUCAACACGUCAGACAUUAUUCUGGUGGGCCUCAGAGAUUACCAGGACAACAAAGCUGACGUCAUCCUCAAAUACAACACGGACGAGUCUCGGAGUUUGAAAGCCUACGGGGAGCUGCCAGAGCACGCUAAAAUCAACGACAUAGACGGGACCGGACCCGAAGACGAUGAAAUCCAGUUUGAUGACAUGGGGGAUGACGUCGAUGAAGUCGAUGAUAUCUAAUCUUCUGCUCCUGCUGGAUACUCACAUUGACACUUCACGCCGAUGAUAAUAAAUAUUUUUACUAAGAUCAGCCUGAACAAGUUUAAAAGUUUAUUCAAAUAGAAAGUCAAUUACUGUCUUUGCAUUUCGCAUCAGGAGAAAAGAAAAUCGCCACUGACUCAAAUAAAUGUGGCGUCUAAGAAAUGUAACUGGUGUGAGUGAAGUUUAAAGUCCGCCCGGCGACUGGUGACGCCACCGGCGGCGGAUUGGACAGUUGAGGCUGAGCCCAGCAUUGUAACGAUCAAGAGCAUUGCUAGACAUUUUAGGUUUGUUGUUUUUUUUUUUUUUUCCCCCCCUCCUUCUUCUUUGUCCAAAUUUGCUCUCUUGCCACACGCACGUCUCAUCAUCAGUUCGAAACACCACUCUUUUUAAGAUGUAUUUAUAUUGAUUUCACUCUAUGUGGAAUAGUAAACAGCCAAUAAAUGAAUAAACCAU